UUCGACCCGGACUUCCAAACGCCCCUCAUUCUAGGCGAGUCGUUGGAUCUCUCGGAUUCUGAAGAGUCACAGUUCGUUGGUGCGUUUUCGGACGGCCUGUGGGCCAAGUCUGAGCCCAUUCUGUCUAUGUCUGCUUUUCAGAAGCCCGCUGCCGGCGCCAUACUUGAUUACGGUUCCACGCAGUCUUUGCAUGAUGCUGGUUCUUACUCUGGUUACGGCCAAUCCCCCUAUGUGACGGCCUCGCUCGUCCCAUCCCCAAUGCCGGACCAGGCAAGUCAGAUCUCUGACUGUGUGCCGUACAUGCCCAACCAUGAGUACGCCAGCUCGUACGAAGAAUCCGAGUCACCGAUGCUAGGUGCACGACAUCGCCAGCUGCCAGAAAUUGUCACCUACAGUCCUCAGCGUGGCGGUGAAGGUACACGAGUCGUGGUUCGGAUCCAGUCUCCCUAUGACCUGCACAGUUCUACCUACGCCGCUUUGUACCUGGUGUUUGGUUCGAAGCGGUGCGAGUGCAUCCCCCACUUCCUGGGAUUCCAGGGUUCGGCCUUCCAGUAUGGCCUCUCGGUCGAUGCCCCACCGUUCUUGUCGACGGGUUCGCCGUCCUUAGCCGUCCCUAUCCAGGUCGUCAUGGAGACUCAGAAUGAUUGCCCGGCCACUACUCUGCAGGUCGGUGUUUAUACAUACGAGCAAGUGCCGCAGCCUUCGCCUUCGGGGGAUUCGCGGAAGAGGAAAUUCUCGUCCUUCUCCGACAACCUGAUUGCCAGGGCUGCCAAGCGGGCUACCGGCCCUACGAUUCCCAAGAUCGAGCCUCAGGACAACUAUUCGUUCCGGGACAGCCAUCCCGCGUCCUUCUCGCCAUACCUGCAGCCUCUUCCCGCAAUGGCCGGGUUCGUCGCACCUUUCCAGGCCGCUUCCUCCCCUCAGGCCGGCUCGAGCCACUACUCCACAGUGUCUGCCACCCAGCAGCCAGCGAUCCGUGCCCCGUCCCCUCUGACUCCGGCCUGGAGCCCCUCCUUUGUGCCGGUCAGCAGCGAUGGACGCAACCCCGGGCUUGCUGUGGCUCAGAGCAUGUCGCAGCACAGGAGACCGUCGCCGGCGCGUGGUUCCAACCCAACUCUGAUCCGCACCUCGACUCUCCAGCAAGGCACUGGCAUGGGGCAGACCCAGGCCUUUAACCCGUAUGCUAUGUACCCCUCCAAGGCUAUCCUCAAACUCAGUGGAGACCUCGACGCCAUGGCCGAGGGGUGGACAAAGGAGGAGCGGGUCACGCAGCGCCGUCUGGUGCAGUUCACUCGGUCUCAGACUGGCAGCACCAUCCAUGCUGACUUCAAACCCGUCACCCUGGAAACCCGUACUCCAAACAGCAUCUGCAUCAGCUGCAUUCUCUGGGAGGGCAAAGAUGAGUGCUAUGUUACCAGUGUCGAUACAAUCUACCUCCUCGAGUCUCUUGUGGGCGUCCGUUUCACUGUGGAAGAGAAGAACCGCAUUCGCCGAAACCUCGAGGGCUUCCGACCCCUGACCGUCUCCAAGGCCAAGGCCGACAGUGAAGACUUCUUCAAAGUCAUCAUGGGCUUCCCCAACCCCAAGCCGCGCAACAUUGAGAAGGAUGUCAAGGUCUUCCCGUGGAAGAUCCUGAGCCCUGCUCUGAAGAAGAUCAUUGGGAAAUACUCCGCCAGCUACUCGUCCACCGCAGGGGCUCUGCCAACCCCCAUCACCCACUACACUAGCCAUGGCACGGCUUCUGACUCGGGUACUGAGACGCACACUGCCGCCUCUCCGCAGUCGGUCUCUGACUCUGGCCCUACAAGCACCUAUGCCCCCACAAUGGCUACAUCGGCAUAUCACUCACAACCGGAUCAAUCCUGUGCCCAGCUCUCUGCGGCAUCCGACCUCCGGUCGGUCAUCCCUGCAGUGAGCCAGCCGUACACUUCUGUGGGUGCUUACUCGUACCCGGCCAUCUGUCAACCCCAGAACGCCCAUGGACUAGCGGCACCCGCCCCGCGAACUGACUGGGAUAUGCAUGCUCUCAGUGCCGGUACUUCUACUACUGGCACUUCAGCCACCAAUGCAUGCUACGCCUACUUGGACCCCGUGUACUCUCUGCACGACACUGCCUCGGGUCCAUGA